CGACUCUUUCCAGGUCAAGGUCGCAACAGAAUUUUUCAGUUACCAUGGCAGCAAGAGCAACAAAGGACUGGCGUCUGGACUGUAAAGUAUAUAUUGGUGAUUUAGGUUAUGGUGCUGCUAAACAAGAAAUAGAAGACGUGUUCCAGAGAUAUGGACCGCUAAGAAAUGUAUGGGUGGCUAGAAACCCUCCAGGUUUUGCUUUUGUUGAAUUUCAAGAUCCACGUGAUGCUGAAGAUGCUACAAAGGCUCUUGAUGGCACGAGAGUAAAUGGUAGGAGAGUACAAGUAGAAAUGUCAUCAGGAAAAUCACGCUGGGGUAAAGAUGGUCCUCCUAAACGUGGUGGAGGAUACAGAGAUGACUGGAGACAGGGUGGUAGCAGAGGUGGUGGCAGAGGAGGUGGUUAUAGUGGUGGAAGAGGUCGUUCAAGAUCUCCUCCUCCAAGACGCAGGGACUCACCAUCACCAAGGAGAAGAGGACGUAGUGAUAGUCGUAGCAGGUCAAAUUCACCUUACAGAAGAAGGUCAAGGUCACCAGUGGACAGAAAGAAGGACUGGUGAAGAACGUGGACAGACAUUUUGUUUGACAGUCAACUGAUAACUACAGAUUGUUAUUGUCGUUAAAGUCAGAAUAUUUGACUUUUUAAUGUUAGCAUUUUAAAUGUAACAUGUAAAUUCAGAAAUAUUUUAAUAAAUGUUUUUUAUUAUGAUUUGAAUUAUGAGAGAUGUUGAGUUUGUCUUAUAUUUUUUCUAAAAACCUGUAAAAGAAAAUUAAAAUUUCAUGCAAAUUUGAUGCAGUAACGCAUUCUUUUUAAAAAAAUUUAUUAGCAUGAAAACACUAUAUGGUUGUUUUCUUUAUACAUAGAUUGUUUUCACAAAAUACAAUAUUUUUUAUUCGAAACUUUUCAACUCAGCCUUAUAAUGGGAGAUAACUCCUAUAAUUAAUUUUAUCAAAAAUGUACAAUAUAUUUUCUUCUUGUAUUAUAGCAAGACAAAAAGUAUGGUUCCCCAUUUUUUCUUUUAAUUUUCUAAAAGCAUUUUAUACAAGCUAUCUUCUUAUAAUUAAGUUCUAAAUUCUGGCAACAAACAUCUAAUAAUUUCAUAAGUAAAUUUACAUACUAAGUGAUUUUAAUCUUUAUAAUUAGGAGAUUAAUUGAUUGAGAGCACAUUAGGAUUUUUUUUCAUUACGUAAACAAUAGCUUUUUUUAAUAAUAUAUAUAUUUGGGAAUUCAUUUUAGAGUUCAGCUGUUAUUACUCCAUUAUUUGGGCUGUCUUUUCAUUCAAUUGAUAUUCCUAUACAAAUAUAUUAAAAACAAUCAUUGCAGUAGUUUUUCUCUUGUCUGUUUUUUUUUAAUAGUGCAAUGUUCAGUUACAUAGCAAUUUAGUAAAAGUCUUUUUAUUUUUUAAAUGAUAGCAGAGAUACUGUAAGCUGGAAAAUUUUCACGACGUCUUUUUUUCACGAUUUACCAACAAAAUGUAAAUUCGCAUUAUCCCAGUGUCCUUUAUAAAAAGUAUUUUCAUAAAUGUUUAAGAAAGUGAAAAGAUUUACAUGUAUCGUAAAUCAAUUACUGAAAAUUCAGAAAUUAUAGCAAGGUUUUUAUUAAUGUAAAUAAUGCAACUUGGUGAAUUCGGCAAUAAUAAUAACUCUCAUUCUGAUAUCUUAUACAUACAUCUGUAUGCAGAUUUUCCAGAAAUUACAAUUAUAAAUCUCGCAUUUUUGUCCAUUCUUCAAGAAUCGCAAUAGUAAAUGCAUGCAAUAAUUUCUGAAUUUACAGUAAUUAAAUCGUCAGUUCAUUAUGUAAAGGAGAUUUAAAGUUAUUAUUCAUGUUUGCUGGUAAAAUUCAUACACCAAUUGUUGUUCAUAUAACAAUAUCUGUAAAGUCUGUUCACGCGAGAUGUAAUCAAUGUUAAUUACAUUUAUACAAGUUAAAGUUUUGAUUUCUAAUAUUGCAAUAUGGAUAUGUCAUGGGUAAAGCCGGUGUUAAACAUUGUUCCUCUACAUAUCCUAUUCCUAUACAUUUAUGUAUGGUCUAUAUCUCAGCAAUCGGUUUUCAUUGAAAUAUUCACGGUCAAUUUAUUUUUGUGUUUCAACUCUUACAAAAAUUCACUGUUUACAGUAAUGGGUUUUAAAAAGUUCCUGAAUUAAUACGGCAUUUGGGUGGAUCACUUUGCUCUGAAAGAAGUGAGAUUGUUGGACUCCAAAAUAACUAAAGGAUAUUUGUGGUUAUAUAGUAGGAUGUAUUAUGAACCAGUCCAUACAAAGAAUUCUUAUCACUCUCCCCGGCCCACAUUGAUUACAUUUCACAGGGUUGACAUUCUUGCUCUUUAGUAUUUCGUGUUUGUCUUCAAAUUUAUCGGAAUUGACAUGUAUUUCAUCUUUCAGAAAAAAACCUGUAUGUCUUUAAAAUGAUAUAACUUAUUCAUCUCAUUUGUAAAUAUAUAUUUAUAUGUGGAUCAAUUAUGUUAAUAUGAAUUUAGAAAAGGGUAGGUUUUUCUUUUUUUUGGGGGGGUUGAGGAAUAAAUUUUGUUGUAAUACUUUUAUAAUUAUGUACAUAAGAGAACUUACAUAUUUGUCUUGUGUUGAAAACUGUUAUAAUAAAACAGAUAUGUGUAUAACA